AUGCGCCGUGAUUGUGUAAGAUGCAGCUCUUCAGUGGACCGUUUCAUGGAUGUUAUUGAUAUAUGUAUGCAACGUGUUAAUAUCGGUUACCUGUUGAAAGGAUACUUUCCUUUUUAUUCGUUAGGGGUUGCCUUUUCUGCUUGCAUUAUAUCCCUAUCGCUUCUUAUCCUCCCAGCACAACCGCUGUACGCCGGGGCUGUUCCGCUAGUGCUGCACGCUUUCUCUAUUCUGAUUCUUACUGGAGGCCUCUUUAACGCCGCUGGUGGAAAGAUCAAGCAGAGGAAGCAUCAGGGGGAACUUAUUACGGAGAGUGUAAAGGAUGUGCUAAGUGAAUUGCUGCGGUGUGCGACGUCAUCAAGUGCUGUGUACGUGUUGCUGGCCUUGGAGGUUUUUGUGCAAAUGAGCGCAAUUUUCUCUGAAGCUGGAUGUAUUUGCUGUUUAUGUUGGGUUUGGUUCGGUUGGCUCUUGUGUGGAAAACGCGAGGUGCUGCUUACAUGUUGGCGGGAAGGGGGUCACCUAACAUCUGAUUCGUGA